AUGGCGCUAUACGGGGCACCGAUAUGGGCUGGGAGGCUUAAUGACGAAACAAAGGCCCUCCUCCGAAGGCCUCAGAGGGUCAUUGCGCGGCGCAUAAUUAGAGGGUACUCGACCAUAGGACACGCAGCCGCCUGCGCUCUCGCCGGUAUCCUGCCAUGGGACCUAGACGCCAGACUAUUGGCAGAGAGAUAUAAUCAGAGGAUGGAGCUACGCAUCGCCGAUGAACGACUGGCUCCUCAAGAGCUGGAGGCUCGGCUUGCGGCAGCAAAAAAGAGAGAAAGAGAUCGGUGGAAAAGCCAGCUAGAGGACGAGCCAUAUGGCACGUAUACAAUAGGGGCGCUCCUCCCGUCCUUCGAUAGCUGGCUGGACCGUAAAAGUGGGAUCUUGACCUACAGGCAAGUACAGGUAAUGACUGGACACGGCUGCUUCGGUCAUUACCUGUACACAAUACAGAGGGAGCCUUCGCCAGUCUGUCAUCACUGCGGGUACGAGGAUGACACGGCACACCACACAACGGUGGAAUGCCCAACAUGGGCCCCGGAGAGGCGGGAACUAGAAUUGGUCCUGAACGUGGAUGAUCUCUCGCUGCAUAACAUAGUAGCAAGAAUUUUGGUCAGUGAGAGAUCCUGGGAGGCGUUUAAUAACUUCUGCGAACAAGUUAUAAGAAAGAAAGAGGAAGCGGAGCGGAUGCGGGAAGAGAGAGCUGAUGCGCACCCGCUUCGACGCAGACGGAGGGGAACAAGGCAAAGGCAAUUCGUCAAUGCCUUGAUUCCUCAGUAG